GUGGCGAUCCAGAAAGAUGGCUCCGGCUACAGGCUGCACGUGGCUACGUGCAGGAAUGGCUGGCCAAGAAGGAGCAAGCGGCCGAAGAUCCGCUGAGCAAGGCCAAGGGCCGUGUACCUUGGCUCGGGUGCUAUUGUGCUGUAUGCUCACCGUAUAUCAUCAAGAUGGCCAACUGCAAAGCCUGCCUGGGGGCUGCUGCUGGUGGUGGGCACUCUUGCAAGGUGCUGAGCCAGAUGAGUGGCAGGUUCAGCAGAGAAGCCAAAGCUUUCAUGGUGAUGAAGAUCAGCCAUGAGGAAAUGACGGAGCAGGGGGCCAUCAGCGAGUGGCGCCGCAAACAAAUGAUCGACAAAGAGGCCCACAAGGAGUUGGCCAAAAUGGAGACCCAGAAGCGAAAGAUUGAGCGCGAGCAGGCGGAGUUGGAUGCAUCCAACUCCGCCUGCUCGCGGUCAUCUUUCGCUUCUGGGUCUCCAUUUUGGCCAGAGAUGGCUGAUGAUCUGUUUGAGGCCAAGCACUUCCAACAGUCGCCAGCCAAGAUGCAGCGGCUCGCAGGCCUCGGCUCAGCGAGCGAAGAACACCUUGCAAUCCCUUCAUUCGAGCGGCUUAGGUUCGGAGGUUUAGGAGACCGUCUUCGGUUUAGGGCUUGGGGUUCAGUGUCGAGAGUUGUUUCGGGCCCGGUCCUCUGGAAAUUCUUGACAGCACCGUUCAAGACAGGCUCACCUUCAGAAUUGGGUGCUUGUGCGGAAAUCCGACACCCUAAGGCGUCGCAAGUCAAGUGGUGA